AUGAUUUCUAAUUAAGGUUUCAAUUGUAUUAUCUCCAUUUUGUGGAUACUUGAGGGUCUAGACAUUCUCUAAAGCAGGAUGAUACUUUAGGAUAUUAUCUAAACAUCACCUCCUUACCUUAAAACACAGUUUAAUUUAAAUUUUUAACCUUUAAACAGUUCAGAUUUGUUGCUUUUCAUAUAUUCAAAUACUAUUAAUUCAUGA